CGAUCGAUUCCGAAGGCAGUGCUCGUUAAGCUCCGCCUACUGGGAGGUACAAUGCUGCUUCGGGAGCCGAUACAGGCGCCGGCCAGAACGGCAUUUUUGAUGUUCCCUCUCCCAGUCGCGCAACCGCUGGCUUAGAUAGCGUACGCACAAAAAGUCACAACGCCCUGCGCGCUCUCGCAAGCCGGUUGUCAGUGUCAGUCAGCCUAAACCGGUCUGUCAGUGACAACACAGGUACAGCGAUACCGUAUUGUAUCGAAAUCGCGGACAGUGAUUUAGUGUUUAGUUUCGUCGCUUGUGAAUAUGGAAGAUAAGCCGUACAGUGUUGAUAGUUCGGACGAUAUUAACGUGGACGACGACGAUGAGCAUACCGAAGAAAAUCACAGCUACCCACCAGACUUCCCUAUAGAAGCAUUGGUAAAAUUAGAGCGACCGUCACCCCCUUUGCCGACGCCACCACACACACCCACAGACGACACGCCCCCAGCUGUCGUUAUCUCCCGUCACCAACCCGCGUGGAUUCCACCCGCACCCCAAUCGUACCCCACCUAUCCUCGUCCAAUGCAAUCUCCGUACUCCUACGAUAAAAUGCCCUACUCACACCCGGCCAUGUCAGCGUACAUGCAGGCGCAAGUAGCGACGCUGCCACCCUCCGCCCCAUACCACGCUAUGCUCGUGAAUCAGUGGAUAAGAAACGCCGCGCUGUAUCAUCAUUCCCUGCGCUAUCCGGGAGUGAUGGCCCAAAGAAUGCCCGGAAGAAAUCCUCCGCCGCUAAGAGCGCCAAGCGUUCCCGGAGCGAGACCAAAGAAACAGUUCAUCUGCAAAUACUGCAAUCGCCAAUUCACAAAGUCCUACAACUUAUUGAUUCACGAGAGAACGCACACUGACGAGAGACCUUACUCGUGCGACAUUUGCGGGAAGGCAUUCAGAAGACAAGACCACCUGAGAGAUCAUAGGUACAUUCAUUCGAAGGAGAAGCCGUUUAAGUGCACGGAAUGCGGGAAAGGAUUCUGCCAAUCGAGAACGUUAGCGGUGCACAAGAUUUUGCACAUGGAAGAAUCUCCGCACAAAUGUCCGGUCUGCAACAAGAGCUUCAACCAAAGAUCUAAUCUGAAGACGCAUUUGCUGACGCACAGCGAAGCGAACAAACACCAUUUGGACCAUUUGGAUGGUUGUCAAGAGGUCUCUUCAACAAGCCAAACGGACAGCUCUUUGUUGGAUCUGUCCCAUAAAAGUCCCGUUGCGUUACCGCAACAGCUUCAGCCACUUGUCAGCCCUCAUCAAUCUCCUGUCGAAGGGCCGAAAAGGACAUUAGGAUUCUCAAUAGAGGACAUUAUGAAACGUUAAUGUAAUGGUUUUAGGGUCGAUAUGGCUGUAUAGAACCACGCUUGUAUUUAUUGUAUCAACACGUUUCGGAAUUGGAUGAAACGAAAUCCUUUUUGCCAAAGAACUGAUGAUGAUGAUGAUUUUCGGACUGAUAAGUGUAUCUCUUAAAAAAAAGUUAAAACUAAUUAAAACCUACAACUGUUUCUGUGAACGUCUCCAUUAUAACUCCGUUGCUCCAAUGACAAAUGAUUUUGCCAUUUCGAAUUUCAGUGAUCUUUCAAUCGUAUUAAAAGACUGAAAAUUGUUUUAUUUAUUUAUUUAAUAAGUUGCGUAGGUACUGUUAAGUUUUCUUAAAGAUUUAUUUAUGUGAUAGUUUUUACCUAGAUUUAAAUUAGCUAACUAAAGUUACCUAAAAGUAUUACCUUGUUUUAAGCGUAUUCGUUCCAAAUUUGUGGCUAUGACAUCACUAGAUAGUACUACCGUAUUAAAUUUUUAAUUUUAAUCUUUAAGAGUAUCAGUGUUCGUUUUAAUUAAGAUUGUAAUUAUGUAAAUAUGUAUUUAAACAGAUUCCUAACUAGUAAUUAAGUUGAAGAGGCUAAACACGGAGCGAAAUAUGAAGAGAAAAACUGUUUUCAAUUUUA